CAAGCUUCUUGAUACACCCAUACCUUCCCUUUUUAUUGUGGUCUCCAGAGAAGUUCUUGCAACCUAGAAAGAUUGGUUUAUGGCUGAUGAGUUUUCCUAGUCUUAAGAGUCACCUAAGAGAUUCCACAAAGAGUUAUGCAAAUAAGUUCAGAGGAGAUAGGCAGCUGAGAAAAUGGAGCACUCAGCCUGCUCCUGGACAUCCACCACACACCCACGGGAACCAGAGGCCACCACCAUGACGAGGGACCAGAAUGGAACCUGGGAGAUGGAGAGUAAUGACAACUUCGAAGGCUAUAUGAAGGCCCUGGAUAUCGAUUUUGCCACCCGCAAGAUCGCAGUGCGCCUGAAUCAGACGAAGAUCAUUAAUCAGGAUGGCGAUAACUUCAAGACGAAAACCAACAGCACUUUCCGCAACUAUGACUUGGAUUUCACCGUUGGAGUGGAGUUUGAUGAGCAUACCAAGGGCCUGGACAACCGGAAUGUUAAGUCGCUGAUCACCUGGGAAGGCGAUGUCCUUGUGUGUGUGCAGAAGGGGGAGAAGGAGAACCGCGGCUGGAAGCAGUGGGUGGAAGGGGACAAGCUGCACCUGGAGCUGACAUGCGGUGACCAGGUGUGCCGUCAGGUGUUCAAAAGGAAGUGAUGGCCACAGGGGGCGUGCUCCACAAUCUCAGUGAAGAGUUCUUUAUUAGCCUGGAGAAGCAGCCAUGGGGGCCCUCCCACUCCUGCAAGCUCCUUCAGGAAUUUGAAUGGGUUUUAAACAGAAUGAAUGUGCAACAGUGACAGACAUAUUCUUUCUGCUUUGAAAUCUGGCAUUAAAUGAAAAAAAAAAUUCCAUA